AUGGGGCAGGAGGCCAAUGGGAUGGCUAACAUCAGUCGGUUCCUUGACAAGGCUCUGGGGCUGCUUCUGUGCGUGCAGCUCUGCAGGGGCACCGGGGAGUUGCGGCUGGUUGGUGGAGGCAGCCGUUGUGCGGGCCGGGUAGAGGUGAAGCACGAGGGCCAGUGGGGCACCGUGUGCAGCUAUGACUUCGACUGGGAUGCCCGAGGGGCCUCCGUGGUCUGCAGGCAGCUGGGAUGUGGCACUGUGGCCAGAGCCUCCCCGUACAUCCCGUUUGGGCCCGGGGCUGGCCAGAUCUGGCUGCACCCCUUCUUCUGCCGUGGCACCGAGACUGAGCUCCAACACUGUCCCCACUUUGGAUGGGGUCAGCACUACUGCGGCCAUGACCGGGACGUGGGUGUGACAUGUUCAGAUGCUGUGGAGCUGAAGCUGGUGAAUGGAGGUGGUCCCUGCGCAGGCAGAGUGGAGGUGAAGCUGCAGGGCCAGUGGGGGACAAUCGCAGAUGACACAUGGGACAUAGAAGAUGCCGAGGUGGUGUGUCAGCAGCUGGGCUGUGGCUCGGCUAAAAGUGCCCACAGCUCAAUCCGCUUUGGGAAAGGGUCUGGACCAAUUCAUCUGGCUCUGGUUGACUGUCAUGGGAACGAGUCCGCCAUCUGGAAAUGUGAUGUCAAGGGAUGGGGGUCAUAUAUUGGCCCCCAUGACUGGGAUGUUGGUGUGGUCUGCCAAGGGUUUGUGAGGCUGGUCAGUGGGGACAGCGCCUGCUCGGGCCGCGUGGAGGCCAGGCAGGGUCGAGACUGGGCCACCCUCUGCAAGGCCCACAUGGACAUCAAUGCCGCCCACGUCAUCUGCAAGGAGCUAGGCUGUGGAGCAGCUCUGGCUGUCACUGAGGCAGAGCACUUUGGGUCUGGAGCUGGGCCCAUCUGGAAUGGGGGCUUCGCGUGUGCAGGCAAUGAAUCUCUCCUGUCUGCCUGUGCCCGCAGGCUGCCCCACAGCCAGGGCUGCACCCACGCCAGCGACGCCGGCAUCAUCUGCUCCCCCUACACGGGCUUCAGGCUGGUGAACAGCAGCACGGCGUGUGCAGGACGGGUGGAGCUGGAGGCUCGGGGCACCUGGGGCUCCCUCUGUGAUGCCAGCUGGGACACGGCUGAUGCUCAAGUGCUCUGCCACCACCUCGGCUGUGGGUUUGCUGCCUCCGUGCCCCGCGGAGGGUAUUUUGGGACAGGGAGUGGCCCACUGUGGCAGGACACGUUUCACUGCAGCGGGACUGAGUCCCACCUGGGAGAGUGCCCUGCCAUGGUGCUGGGGAUCCCCGUGUGCUCGUCAGGCCGUGCUGCUGCGGUCAAUUGCUCAGGUGAUGCUGAACCCCUGCGGCUGGUGGAUGGGAAGAGCCGAUGCGAUGGGCACCUGGAGGUGGCUCUGAGUGGGGCCUGGGGCCGAGUCCUUGCAGAGCAGUGGGACACCAGCAGUGCCAGUGUGGUGUGCCGGCAGCUCCAGUGUGGCGUGGCCCAGAAGGCCUAUGCCGCCCCUGCACUGGGGCCAGGGUUGAGCCCCGUGGAGCUGAGCGGGCUCCAGUGUGAGGGAACAGAGACUCACCUGGCCCAGUGCAACAUCACGCUGCCGAACGCCACACUGGCGGACCGUGCUGAGGACGCAGCGGUUGUGUGCUCAGGAAGCCAGCAGGUGCGGCUGGCGAGCGGCCCCGGGCGCUGCGCAGGGCGAGUGGAGGUCUACAUCCAGGGGGCCUGGAGCCGUGUCUGCGAGGACACCUGGGACCUCUGGGACGCCACCGUCGUCUGCCGCCAGCUAGGAUGCGGCAGGGCCCUGGCAGCGCCCGGCUCAGCCCGCUACGGCCAGGGCUCAGGGCCAGUGUGGCUGGGCGCCGGGGGCUGCUCCGGGGCUGAGGAAACGCUCUGGGACUGCCCAGCCCCAGCCCCAGAGCAGGAUGGCUGCAAGCAGGGUGCCGGUGCGGCAGCCGUCUGCUCAGAGCUCACAGCCCUGCGGCUGGCAGGUGACAGCGGCUGCACUGGGCGCUUGGAGGUCUUCUACAACGGGACAUGGGGGAGCGUGUGCGCCAACGGCACCAACUCCACUACAGCUGCUGUGGUGUGCCGGCAGCUGGGCUGCGGGGCCGGGGGCCGGCUGGCAUCUGCUCCUGCAGCCACGCAGGACUCAGGCCCCGCAUGGCUGGCCUGGGUGCAGUGUGGGCUGGGGGCUGUCUCUCUCUGGCACUGCCCCUCGGCACCCUGGCACCUGCAGCCCUGCGACUCCCUCGGGGACACCCACAUCACAUGCAACAGGGAGCCUGGAAGCACUAGAGGGACUCCCACGCCACCCAUGAGAACUGGCUACCCAGAUGGCACAGCCUACACAGGUACCCCCAGGAGCCUCUUGGAGGGUGCUGGGGCCAUGCCAGUGCCUAUCAUCCUCUGCAUCGUCCUGGGGACCCUUCUCUGCCUGGCCUUGGGUGCCCUUGCCAUGCAGGCAUGGCAUGCCAUGGCUCAGCACAGAGGUGAAGGUGCAGAUGCAAUCUCUGAGGCUGUCUAUGAGGAGCUUGACUAUACGCUGACGCCUGACUACCAGGAGGUGCCCAGUGGCUCAGGCUCCCCGUCAGAGGGCUCAGUGACAAAGCUGCCAUAUUACACCAGUGACAGCAUCAAGGACAACAGCCCCGGGACAGCACCAGACACUCCUGCCCAGCCCAAACACAGCCCCCCAGAGGGGUACGAUGAUGUUGCGGCCCUGGACCCGGGAGAGGCUGCUGCUCCAGAGCCGAACGACGGAUGUGCCUCUGAGGUGGCAGGACUGGGAGAUAAGAGGUGCCACAGCCUGCGCGACAGCUCCACGGGGCUCAGCGAGGGCCAGCUCCCUGCUGGGGACAGCAGGCCCAGCCCCGUGGAGCUGCCGGGAGCUGCGAAGGACACUCUGGCCUCAGCGCCAUGGGACAUGAGCUACGAUGACGUCGGCGUCAGCGACCCCAGGGUGUCGCCAUGAGCACAGCAGGGCCACGCUGCGGGAGUCCCUGAGGCCACGUGCAGCGCUGCGGGGCUCUGCGCCUGCAGAGCCACAGCCCCGCCACGGAGGGGAUGGCCCACCUGACCGCCCGCCCGCUCAGGCCUGUGACUAGGAGAACCACCUCCAUCGUCCCUCCCACACGGGCCUCUGGGUGCUGCCCGAGUUCACGUGUGCUUCCAG